AUGUCAGACUUUAUCAAGACCGACACCUCAAGAGUAGGACGUGAGAAUCAGUUGUAUUCAAGUGUCACUGGUGCUAGACUCGUUGCAGGAUGUAUAAUACUGGAUGAAAGCCGAGAGAAUGUCUUAAUGGUCCAGUCAUCCGCUCAUAAGAAGAGAUGGGUGUUGCCAAAGGGUGGUAUUGAAAGUGAUGAACCUGACUUUGAGUCCGCUGCAAGAAGAGAGACCUGGGAAGAAGCUGGUGCCACAGGCGAUAUAGUGAAAGCACUUGGUUCCAUUGAGGAUAUGAGACCUCCAAAGGACUGGAACCCAGAUUUGGAAGCAUUCGAGAGUUCGAAUGACGAAACUGUUAACAAAUGGCCUCCCAGGUCCGAAUUCCAUUUCUUCGAGAUGAUUAAUGUUAAAUUGGAGGACAAUUAUCCUGAAGUGAAGACAAGAAACCGUCAAUGGUUCUCCUACGAACAGGCCAAAGAAAACUUGACCCGUGCCAAGAGGCCAGAGCUCAUUGAGGCUCUGAAUAGAAGUAGCAUCAAGAAAAGUUAG